AUGCCUAAGUUUUAUUGUGACUACUGCGACAUGUACCUCACCCAUGACUCUCCAUCUGUGAGAAAGACACACUGCAGUGGUAGGAAACACAAAGAGAAUGUGAAAGACUACUAUCAGAAAUGGAUGGAAGAGCAGGCUCAGAGCCUGAUCGACAAAACAAUCACUGCAUUUCAACAAGGAAAGAUACCGCCUACUCUAUUCUCUGCUCCUUCGCCUGCAGGGGCAAAGAUCCCACCUCCCCCCAGUCUCCCGGGUCCUCCUUGCCCUGGUAUGAUGCCAGCGUCCCAUAUGGGGGACCCUCCCAUGAUGCCAAUAAUGGACCCUCCUCCUCCUGGGAUGAUACCAGUGGGACCUGCUCCUGGAAUGAGGCCACCUAUGGGAGGCCACAUGCCAAUGAUGCCUGGGCCCCCAAUGAUGAGACCUCCUGCCCGUCCCAUGAUGGUGCCCACUCGGCCAGGAAUGACUCAACCAGACAGAUAA